AUGGCAGCUGCGCAGUCGAGCCAACCGGAUGAGCCCUUAUACCCCUCAUUUGAGGAGCUUCGGAGCAACCAGGAGCGUGUCCUCUUCUCUCCCGCCGCCAAGCGUCUCUAUUGGCCUCUAGAAGGCGUCUUCCCUACGGCGAUAUCCGUCAUGAGGACUGUUCGCAGCGUGGACGAGCUUGACCCCUUCUUCAGACCAGACACCAGCGGCAGCGGCAGUGGCACCUGGCAUGAGAUCGCAUCGCUGCCUGUGACCGACCCAAAGGUCUCUUCUGUUGAGGCUUCAGUGCGCGACCUUGACCAGUGGGAGUCCGAUUGGCUGGCAUGGCAUAGGGAACAUACUGCACCAGAGUACAACGCCGAGUAUGUCACCUAUGGGGAUCUCAGCGAUGAAGACCGGCCAUACGCAGAUGAGCCCAACGAGGAUGGCAAUUGGGAGGCGGACUCGGAUACUGAGUUUCUUGUACGAUGCUGCGGAGACGAUCGACCGCUCAGGAAGAGAGGAUUGAAGAUCAAGGUUACACCUUCUGCAGGCAACGACUUUGUCACUGUACGUGACUAUGUCAGUGCCGUACAUGCAUGGCUCAUGAGCUUACGUGGGGAUAUCAUACGAGCAAAGGCUGUUGCACGUCCCCAGCCUUAUGUUGGCAACAUGGAAUGGAUGGUUAGCAACAUCACUGCGCCGCAACACGAGAUCAUGACGAAGGAGUUUUGGGUUGAGAUGCAUCGCCCGCCACGCCCCGUGAGGGACGCUGCAACGUCCAGAUUCUUGCAGAGAAUAGGCGCGAGGACGGCCCCCCAAUGA